AAAUAAGGGGUCCCGUUUAUCCUCGCUUGAACGCGCCAUACAGACUUCUAAACGAGACUGAAGUUUACCACAAAUUUCUGUCAAUGAAUAACCCAGUUUCAUCAUAUUUUAUCAUAACCAAAGUGUCUUUUUGCUUGUAAAUCGACGAGCGGUGUAACUGAUAACUAAGUCCACAAAUUCGAAACCCCAAAUUGAUAAGGCGAGGUGGGCGUAGCACGGUUUUGCAGGUUAUAAUCAGACGACACUGCAUAGCAACCGCCUAGCAACGGGGAAGCGAAGGGUCACAGAUCAGUGACUCAAAAAACCUCCGCACAUCAAUCGAUACAUGCGGGACUGAGUGCUCGUCGUCAGCACCGCCGUGCACGAAACUUUGCCGAAGUGAACGGCAGUGAGAAGGUCUAUGCUCUCCCUAAACUGCGGAACUGCCUUAUGUGCCAAGGGUAUUUCGCCUCUUAACUGCUUAUUUUUGCGGAUUUAUUGCCAAAAUAAUGUAUCUUAGAGGAAUAAGAUGAUCUGAGCACGGUCUAUUUGUACUUUACGAGUCACGAUAUCCUGGAUAUAAAAGUUGGAGCGAACUUUGUAACCAUUAACUGCCGGCAAAAACAGUGGCCUGGGAAACCAACACAAUCCUCAAGAGAAUAUUCAAGGAACAGGGAGAUCCUUCAAGACAACGGGGGCUUUCCCCUACACUCUACCUCUUCCUCGUUCAAGCCGCCGACCGAUUCCCCUGAGAUUAUUCAACUAAAGGGGGAAUCCCACAACACAAACCCACCUUCGAGGGUUCAUGUUACAACCGAAGCUCCCUGUCUUUGGAUCCGUCUUCUAAUUUUUUUUCUAAAGAAUCGCUGCUUUUCAUCGAAGUAGUUGGUGAAAAGAUUCCAGAGUUGUUGCGACCGGUGAGGUAUAUUAUUUUCGAGAAAGACUCUGGCAUGGGUUACCAAUUGGUUCAGUAACUCUUCAAGAAACGAAAAAUACAAGGCGCCUGGACAAGCAGUUCGUGAACGAAAAAAGGACUCUGAAUGACUAACUGAAUGAAUGAUUGCUGGAAAGCACUUCAGAUCUGGUUGGACAACGUCGUUAAUACUUCGCGCAAACUUUAAUCCUUUCGAAACGAUGUUCUAUAAGAACCGAAGUGAAUGAAGACCUCUUUGAAAAUACUUCAGACAAGGUUAUAAAAAACAGUUUGGGUUCGGAUUUUCUGAGCUGCGAUAUAAAGUCGUCUCCACAUUUUUUGCGUAUUUCUACGACUCUUCCUGUAUAAUUGGGACGCCAAUGGACAGAUUAAAAGGGAUUUUCAGUUGCCGGAUUCAUCCAAUUUUUUUCCCGCGAAUUUUGGAAAAUUCGGAUGGAAGAUUAUUUUUGAUGGUCAAAGUCAUGAUUCCAGAUAGUUGUUCAUGUGCGAUUGAGUACUUGAGACACGUCGGUGAUUGAUUAUAAGGAAUUGAUACGUCAUCCUUUCAAUUCAACCAAUCAUUAAUGCUCAAGGUCAAGGAUUGUGAUUCGGAAUGAGCUUUUAACCGCCGGAUCAAUAUUUGUAAACACCCAAGCCAGAAAAUCAUUGUCAAAUUGGCGCCCUAACUUGACUAUAUCGUCCGCGGUUUCGGUUUUUUGGAAAUACGAAACGCGCGAUUCUUGUGAGACUGACGUUUAAUCGUCCUCAAUGUGAAUGUUCCUGAAACGUCUCAAGCCACGGUUCACCCUUCUUGUUUUUUUUUUCAUGGAAAGUGUUAAGUGUUCUCACAUUUGGAUAAGUGACAACAAACUUUAACCAUGGAUUAGCAGAACAGCUCCAGAACAAAUAGCGGUUGGAUUUUUCAAUUUGCAUAUUUUACUUUGAUGGAGGUUUUCCUUGGCCAUUGUUGGGCCUUUUCAUCUAAUCAAAAUUCUUCUGUUGUCGCGGUCGGUGCCUUAUGCAGAAGACAAAUAGAGUUGUUAAACAUCAAUUGAAUCGCGGCCACUUGUGACAGAUCGUCGUAACUAUUUGAUUAGGAGGCUUUGUUUGAUCAGUCAACGAAACCUUGAAGGAAACGCUGGUUUCUCGAUCGAAAAAAAGAUAAUGAGCUUUUAGUCGAAAUGUUGUCAAACAUUUCAACGCACUCGAAAACAGACUCCGUAUCUGCUCUGAUUUACAAGGUGUGGACAGAAUGAGGACUUCCUUGAUAUGCAUUCGAUUUAAUUGAUAUAAGGACUUCAGUAUGACGACCAAAACAAACCAACGGCCACGUAGCGUGAGCGCUCGUAUCGGCAAGGGUCUUCGAGCUAGUUGGAACACGACGAUGCCGCUACGAACAGCACACGUUCAUCCUACGGAAUCGCGAGGAUACAUCGUUGAUUCGAACUUCAUGAUCCCACGAGUACGCGAUCUCGAAUCUGAAUUCCAACGCGAACUGGGGAAAUGUCUAUUCGAGAGGACUGUACAAUUCGCAGAGGAAGGUGCUAUGUCGGGCAGUAUUCCCACUCAACCCGACUUGAAUAAUAACAACACUAAUAACAAUGCUAAUAUAAAAUCAAGGACUUCAAAUCGCUCGGUUUCUGUCGACGAUUUAAGUUCGUUCACCGCCGGCGGUACUGCAAACCGGGAAUCGAUGCGAUUUUUCGACAGUAGACGAUACUUGAAUGUGAAACCGACGCGAUGUACGUCUGCACUUGUGCAACAAAAUGAACGUUUCGAUACGUAUUUUGUACGGGGAAGUCUGAAUAAGUAUGCAGUAGCCCAUGCGAUGGGCCCCUUUUCGUCACCUCAUCCGCCAAUUGAGAAAGAUGUCCACCGGAUGCAGGUCGCGAAUAAAGACAAUCUUCGACCUUUCUCAGUCAGAGAGGCGUUCACGGACAAAGAGAAAGAGGAAGCGCCCGACGAGUAUUGGAAGCAGAAAGCGAUUGAGGAGAAGGAGCGGUUGGAAGCGGAGGAGAAGGCGAGGAUCGAAGCGGAGGAGCAGGCAAGGAUCGAAGCCAUUGAGAGGGAGAAGCGGGAGCGAGAGGAGGAGAAGGCAAGGCUGAUAGCCGAGGAGAAAGCGAGGAAGGAGGCAGAGGAACUCUUGGCUUUCGCGCGCGCGGAGUCGGAAGCAAUCAAGGCACAACUCACCGAAGUCGAGAAGGCGCGCGACGAAGCCCUGACCAAACUCGAAACGCUGUCGACAAUGUCGACAUCUGGAAAAGGCAAAUCGAAGGGGAAGGGGAAAGGGAAGGGUAAAGGAAAGAAAGGGAAAGGAGGUGGAUCCGACGCCAUGUCGGAUGUAAGUGGAUCUUCAAAGAAAAAGGGUAAGAAGACGAUUCUGAAAAAUAGCGAGACCGACGACAACUCGAGUACGACGGGCGGGAAGAAAGUUAGCUUUAAAGAGAAACUCACGAGCACGAAGACGAUAAGUCCAAGAGAGCGAACAAAAUCGCCCAAACGGAGCUCGUCGGGAGGGGGAAAGAAGAAGAACUUUCCGGGUAGCUCGCGGAGCAAGAGCGGCAACGCGAAGGUUAAAGGCAAGAAGAAAAAGAAGAAGAAGUCCCCCGAGCCCCCAGCCGAACCUCCUCCGGAGCCAGAGCCGGUGAAGGAGGAAGAGCCCCCACCAAUCGAGGACAUUACCGAGAAACUUCCAAAGAAACCUAAACCGAUCGUCUUGGAUGAGCCUCCCAUGUUUUGCUUGGCUACCGAUUACAAAACCAGAAAUCAAAUGGUGGAGGAGUGGCUCUAUGUUCGCAGUUGCAGUGCUUGCCCGACUUCAAUGCCAUUGGCGUGAACAAUUAGGGUUAUUUUGACAUGAUUGAAGGGAUGGUCCAGGCUGGAGAUAUUUAUAUCUCAAUAAGUAGAGUAAAAUUCACAAAGCAAAUGCUGAAAAUUUGAACCUGAUUAAUAUUCAUGACGAUGUGCAUAUAACUGUUUUCACAAAAUAUGAUUAAUUCUAAAAUUCAAUAAAUUCGCCAUUUUUAUCCGAGUUUGAUGAAAUUUUCUGCAUUUUGCUCUGUGAAUUUUACUUUAUUUAUUUAAAUAUAGAUAUUUUCAACCGGGGCCAUCCCUUUAGUCGUUAUACAACUUACUUGUGACAACGUUAUUUUCACAAGGGUAGGGCUACAGAUCAAGAAGAGUGCUUAAAGGGAUGGGGCGUCGUGUAGUGGUUACGAUUCUCGUCUUUCAUUCUUGGAGACGUGGGAUCGAUUCCCACCCAUGGAGUGUUUUCCUUCAGCAAGAAAUUCACCCAAGUUGUGUUACAUUUACCCCUGGAGGCCGUUUCAUAAGGCUGUUCGUAAGUUAAGAGUGACUUUAAGAACGACUGAUGAUCCUUUCUUAUGCGCAAAACCCUCGCCAAUGAACGUUUAGGUGUAUACCAUUUACCAUAAGAAAGGAUUACCAGUCGUUCUUAAAGUCGCUCUUAACUUACGAACAGCUUGAAUGAAACGGUCCCCGGGUGAGGUGAACGAGUACUCAGUAGGAAGAUAUUCCUCGAAUGCUUGACACCACUGCUACAGCCGGGGAAACAAUAUGGCAGCAAAUUAGUGUAAAGCGCAUUAGAGUAUAUUAUUGUGGUAACUGCGCUAUAUAAAUGGUCCAUAAUUUUAAGAUAUUUUAUAAACAGCGCAUGAAUUUGAAAUGAUCAAGCUCUGUUUAUUAAUGUUCAUAAGUGCUAAUUUUCUGCAAGUUACCAAUGAAACAAAUUGUAACUUUUUACUAAUCGGGUUACGAAUGAUAUCGAUAAUUGCGAAUGGUUAUAUUCACUGGACAGGAUGUUAUGAUAAGUGAAGGUUAUGACUGGUUCAAAAUAACAUUUAUGCAAAAAUACAUGCACUUUUCUAAAAGUGAUUAUCCAGUUGCCAGAUGAUCAAAUUUGUUAUUUUUGAAAAUGUUGAUGUCGUGAAUUGUUUUCGAAAAAUGUGAUUCGUUUUGAUCAGAGAGUUUGAAUUUGUCACAUUAACUUUUUUGAAAAAAAAAUUGAUAAAAGAAAAGUGUGUGCUUUUAUAAGAUAUAGUCAAUUCUACUCAUUUACUCGUGUGAUAGAUAUGCAUAAAUCUGAAAUCAAUAUGUACUACAAUACUUUGAAUUUAUUGUGAAAACAUAACCUGUUGAUAUUCCAUUUCUGUGUAUUUAUAGAAAAAAGUGUGAAUCUAAUUAAUUCGGGAGGAAUAUAUCUAAACCAAUAUCAUGCACUAUAAUACUGUACUUUGAAUUCAUUAUGAAAACAUUACUUGUUGUUAUAUAAUUAUACGAUUAUUUGCGCACAUUAUGGAAAAAUAAUAGUCAGGGGCAAAGCGCUAAACUUUCGUCCUUUCAAACAGUUUGACGCCAUGACGACGGUGCUGAAGCCGCACCCUUCUAACUUCUGACGCUGUUCCUUUUUUAUUGGUCACAUCAGAAUAUUUCGUUCCAUAUUCCUUUAAUUAAAUGUCGCACUUUUUGAGCCCCAUGAAACUGACACUUGAUGCAUAUGCCCCUCCCCCUUCGAUAUGGUAGGCCUCUUUACACAGUAAAAACGCUGUUUAGAAGUUUUAUACUACGGUGUUUACAAUAAUUAUGACCUUAAAGUGGUUGUAUAAACAGUUUAAACAACAAAGUUUAGUGUUGAACAUUAUAUGAGAUCUCAAAAAAAUAAACAUGCGUGGUUGUCUAAAAUGUUUAACAACGACUGUAAUGUUCAAUUAGUAAACACUGUUUACAAUUUUAAACAACGUUGUUUACUAAACAACGUUGUUUAAAAUUUCCAACCCUGUUUUUACUGUGUAAUUCCAGACAAACGUAGGCUAUAUCUCCCAAGGCAGGAACUUUGUCAACAUCAACAAUGAAUAUUUCAGAAAUUUAAUCAAAUAUCCUGGAAUUAUUUCAAUGUGACACAAUUGUUCUUUCUUUUUUAUUAAAGCGGAUAAUUUCAUUUAUAGAUAUGUCUUUACUAAAUGAUUGUUGCAACGAAAUAUCUCUUUAUUUUUUCUAACUUACUAUCGGGAGCGAUCAAAAUUAUAAAUAAAUAAAUGAAUAAGAAUAGACCGAUAUAUACAAGCAUACAUCUACUUGAUAGAUGAACUGUUUCAAUAUUCUCACCCUUCGCAAACUUUCGCAUGUCCAUGUAAACCGGACUAUACAUGAACAAUCGCCAUUAUACAACAGGAGAAAAUGAUAUAUAUGUUUUUUUUAUUUUUUAUUUCUGUGUGAUUUUGCAAAGCGAAACUGGUCGAUCAUAGAUUGCAGCCAAUUUAGAACAUUCCUAUUCAUGAUUGUGUUUUUAUUAUUAUUAUUAUUUUGCCGUUGAAUCUUGAAUUGGUUGGUAAACAUGGGUACGUAGUUCAAUACUUUUUGUUGACGUUCGUUUGACACAGUCCCACCAACGAAACCGAAUUCAAACCGACCGAUGUAUGCCAUUGGUAGUAACGUGAUACAUUUGAUCGUUCUGGAGUCAGUUUCGUUAGGUGUGACUGUCUGUUGUAUAACCGAUAUUAUCAUUGUUGAGUAUAAUUCGCGAAUGUUAUUUUGUGUGAUGUCAAAACGGGAUUAUGCAAUAAACUUAAUUACUGUAA